CGGCCCGGCCGCCCCCCGCCAGCACCGGCGGGCCGGGCCCGCGCGCGGCCGCGGCGGGAGGGGGGGGCGAUGGCGGCGGCGCAGGGCUGCGGGCGAGGGGCGGAGCGCACAGACCCUGUGGCUGCCAUGGCCGCCUCCCCCUCCCCGCAGCCUCCCUUAAAUACUAUGGGGCGGCCGUAGCUGCGACGGGCGCCGCUGCCGAGCGCACCAUGCGGGCUGUCAUCGCCUUGGCCGCGGCGCUGGGCAGCCUGCUGCUGGGAGGCUGCCUCCUGCGCCUGGGCGGCCAGCAGCCCCUCCGCGCCAGGGGCUGGGAGGAGGAGGCAGGAGCAGCGGCUGUCACGCCGAAAGUGGUGCGAGCCCUCAGGUCUCCCCUGACGCCCCUUCCUCAGACCGAGAACAGGUACGGGCUGGCCGCCCGCAGAACAACUCUUAAUAAAAAUGGAAUUUACCAGUUUGAACAGACUUCAAAAUGUAAGGCAAUUCAGGACAACAUUUUGUCAUCAUCUAUCAAGAAGAAAAGGUACUCAGAAGAUUAUUAUCUUCACAUAGUCAAAAAACUGCAGAACUGCACCUGGGUAAGGAAACCAGAAGAAUCUUCAAAAUUCAGGUCAGAAUUAGCUUCCUGCUGUGAUGCAGUUCACAAUUUUAUUGCUUCUCAAAACAACAGCCCACUGGGAAGUAACAUGAGUUAUGAAGUGGACAGUAAAAAGACUAUCCUCAUUACAGAGGACAUUUUUAAGAUGCUGCCUGUGUCUUCUCCUCUUUCAGUCUAUCCCUUCAAGAACUGUGCUGUGGUUGGAAAUGGAGGCAUUCUGAAAAAUUCCAGCUGUGGAGCUGAAAUCGAUAGUUCUGACUUUGUGUUCAGGUGUAACCUCCCUCCAACCACAGGAAACUUUAGCAAAGACGUUGGCAAUAAAACAAACCUUGUGACUGUUAAUCCGAGUAUCAUAGCUCAGAAAUACAACAAGCUAAAUGAAAAGAAGACAGAAUUUCUGGAAAAUAUUGUGGUCUAUGGAGAUGCUUUUCUUUUACUGCCGGCAUUUUCCUUUAGAAGCAACACAGCCACUUCUUUUAAAGUAUACCACACUCUGAAAGAGUUUAAAGCAACGCAAAGGGCGAUAUUUUUUCACCCCGCUUAUCUGAAAAGUCUUGCCCAGUUCUGGAGAACUAAGGGUGUGAAGGCCUACCGGUUGUCAUCUGGUUUUAUGAUCACUAGUGCUGCUCUUGAGUUGUGUGAGAAUGUGAAGCUCUAUGGCUUCUGGCCUUUCUCAAAAUCCACAGAGAAGAUGCCAAUCAGCCACCACUAUUACGACAACCAGCUGCCUAAACCUGGUUUCCAUGCAAUGCCCAAAGAAUACAGCCAGAUCCUUCAGCUUCAUGGUAAAGGCGUUUUGAAGUUGCAGUUUGGUAAAUGUGAAUCAGACUAAAAAGGUAGGUCACAUUCUUACCACAUGAAAUGUCUUUAUUUCACUAAUGUGCCAAGGGAAAACUUGUUUUACAAAGUGUGAGUCUGUUCUUUCUUAGAGAGACAUAUCUACCAUACACUCAAUGAAAGUUGUAUUCCUAAAUAAGUGAAAGGUCGGAUCUUUCUGAAUAAAUAUGUGUUCAGAGUUGAGAAAUGUUUUUUAAUUGUGAACAUUAGAUGGGGAGCAUAGCUAAGUUAUCCCCAUAAAUCAUAGUCAGAAGUGUCGCCUUAUCUCAGAUACAUGUCUCUGCCAACUUAUGUUUGGCUUGGUAUCAGUUCCCAGGUACCAGCCUCCUUUAAGAAUUGCUUUAUGAAAGGCAUUCACACAUUGUGAUCUCCAAAAGGAGACAUCUAAUCCUUUCCAGGUGUGUACAGAGAGAGUAAGAAUGAGGAUUGUUCCAUGAAGGAAGCAGAGUAAGGAUGAGGAUUGUUCCAUGCAUCUAUGGCCUCGUUGCGUCUUGUUAGUUAGAGAUUCGAGCAGUGUGCACUCACAGCCCAGGGCUGCAGAGCAGCUCGUGGACAGCAGUGAAGGAGCUGCCAUAUCCUACAGCAGAUCUUGCUGAGCAUUUUACCUUGAGGCAGCUCAGAAUCUGGGAGUUACAAAUAGAGGAUGAAGUGUCAUUCCUUUUCCUCUGUUCUUUCUCUCCCAACUGCUUGGACCUCUACCCUCUGUGUAUUGCCUCGGAGAAAUGCAGCACAGUCUGGUCUCUGACCUUGAGCCAAUUUGCUAUGUACACACUAGAGAUGACUCUGAAAAGAUUUGUCUGCAUGUUUUCAAUUUUGAUUUGCCUUGUUGACAAAAUAAGACCAAUUUGUAUAAAUACUUCCUCAUCCUUUAAGCUAACUCAGAAAUUUGUGAGCUCACAAUACUGUUGUUAGAGUCUCCUUUCACAGAACUCUAUUUUUCCAGGGGGUUCAAGUUAAUAUAAUGAUAAGUGAAGUGUACAGUAGAACUACCAUUGUAUACUAUGUACUUUAAUUGGACUGAUGUAAUCUCAUGACUGUAUUACUCAAAUAAAUAGCAUCCUCUUAUUCAAGCCAGAAAUUUCAAGCUUAAAAGCUAAGGACACUUUUCUUUUGGCUAUGUUCUGAAAUGUAUUUGAAAAUGUCCUUUCUUGAUAUUUUGAAAACAUGUUGUCAGAGAUACAUUCACACUUAGUUUAUCAUCAGAGAAUACUAAGUUUUAAAAUAGCAGAUUGUUAGUACCAGGAAGGCACAAUUUUAUUCCGUUUCAAGGGGUUUUUUAAGAAAUAGGAAAAUAAGUUGCUUUCAGAUUAUUAGAAUAAAAUAAAACCUGUGAGAAGGAACCUAGAAUCCAUAUAGUGGAUCCAUUCUCCUAGUCCAUGGCAGGAGAUUAUCUAGGAGGAGUUGAAUUGUAUAUAUAUGCAGUUUCAUGUGGCUGAGGUAUGCUUUUUUUGCUUGUAAAAGGUUACAGCAUAGAAAGGUUAAAAAAUACAUAACGUAUUUUUUUCUUAGUGGCUAAGCUGUUUACAUCCAGCAGUUUCCAUUGUAUUUGUUAUUCCUAUAAUAUAAAUCAUUGGGGAUAUACUGUGUAAUUUUAAUUGUAGUAACUACAUGAGCUAAGAAAAUGAAAGUCAGCUCCUUAGAAAUAUUUGCUCUAGAGAGAAGCCACAAAAAUGUUUAGGUAUCUGUAUGUGUUAAUUAAAUGCUGUCCAUGCUUGACAGACUGAAAAUCACUUUGUGGCCAUAUUUGCCAAAUAAGCUGUAAAGAAAAGAAUUCACAAGAAGAAUAAGUUGUGCUGCCCUAAUUUACACUUACGUUUACAAAGAGAAAACCAAAGAAAUGGUUUCAGUAUGAACUACCAUUUUGCUAGUAUUAUAGCUAUUAGAUAAUUGAAAUUAUAUAAUGAGUAUAUUUUACUGAAGAUGACUUUUUCUAAAAAUUGAACAAUCUCCUUUCUCAAUUUUCAUUUUAUGUUCUUCUCCAUGCUUUGUGCUCUUCCCUCGUUGUGGGUAGCUGGAGGUUCCUUACACCAGUGGAUGCCCAUAGAAGGCUCAGGCAGAACCUCCCACACACAUUACUGGGACACAAAAUUUGCUGCUGUAAAUGAGAAGUGAAGGAAGCUUCUCUGCUAGGAGCACCUAUAGGGAGAGUAUAAUGGCAUCCCAAGGAUCUUUUUUGGCAGUAUUGCUCCUAAACACCAUCCUUGGCAUUGGAAGGUCAAUUUUUCUUAUUGGAUAGAGAGAAUUGUCAGAUGUGAGAGCCCUGUAGAGUCCCACAGUGUGGGAAAUUCCGCCUUAAUAUCCUCUUCUGUACCUUUAGGAUUAUGUCCAACAGACAUGUACAGGUCAUCACAGGUGCCCUCCUAUCAUAGAGUAUCAAACAGAAAAUGCAGCAACAGCAAAAUCUUGAAAUAUAAUUAAUGAUCUUUAUUAUUUUAUUAGAUUACCAAAUCAUUUUUGCUGUGGUCUUGCAGCUGAAGGAAAUCUUAUUUGUUCAUUGGUUUAACCUGACUAGCCUGAAGGGCAUGUCAUUAGCUUCAAGUAAACGUAGGAGGCAAAAUGACCUGAUUCAUAUUUAAAAAUAGAAAAAAAAUCUGAUUAGAAAAGUUGUCAGAUGAUAUAUUAAUCAGACUGGCAUAAAUUUGAUUGCCCAGAAGCCUGGUUAAAAUGCAAAUUUUGUCUGACCGAGAAUCCAUCAGUUUUUCUGUUUGCUAGGAAAAGACAGCAGGGCAGAUGAGUAUGUGUUGCUUUGACACACAAAACAGUAACAUUAAGCAUCUGCUCAGAGGAGUCAGUCAACACAAAAGAAAAACACAGAAAGGAAGAAUGAAACUGAGACUUUUUCCCUGGGGAAGAAAAUAGUACCCAGUUAUCUGAGCAGAAGGACUGUGGGAGGAGGGCUUGAGCAGAGGUGUGCUGGGGGUUAGGAAGUAAGAACUGCUGAACUGUCCACUGUGUAUCUUAUCUGGAAAGCAAAAAGUAGGUAUGAGUUUUUUAACUCAAACCAAAUGAUUAAAUGUGAUCUAUUUCUGACAGAGAGCAGCAGUGACUCCUUCCACUCAGGGUGGAAGUUUUCAGUUCCUGUAGAGCAGGCAGGUGCCUCCUUACUUUCUCAGGAACUGACAUCAAAAAGAAUCAUUUUUUUCCAAACUCUCUCAGCAUGUGAUAUUUUUUAAUCUUGAAAUUUGCUGCAAUCCAAGCAAGUGAUAAAUACUCUUACACAUAACCUAUUUAUAACUGUAGAAUGCCAACAUGAGCUUAAAUUCUUUUAUUCCUGUGAUGUCCCAGUGUAGCUAGAGAAAUAAGAGCCAACCCACAGUUCACUUUUAAUUACCUUGAGCAAAAUGAUACCACAUUUAAAAAUAUGGAUACUUCUGGGUUCCUGUCAGGCAGCCAAACUGCAGACUAUUCUUGACUUGGGCAAAUAUUAUCCAAAGUGAAAUUAUUAGGUAUUUAAAGAAAGGUUUUCUGCCUUAGCACCCCUGCAGUACAGCUUUUAAGCACACACUUUGCUUGUGCAUUAAGUGAAUUAAAUUUACAUGUUAAGAAUAAUGUCAGUAAUGAAACACGUAGAGAUAAAUUGUUUCUGGUUUGGUUAAAACCUACCAGAAUAUAAAAUUAUAAAUUAAAUCAACUUAGAAUUUAUUUUAGAGUUCAGUUCAAAUGAAGAGGUAUUUACAUAUCUAGAAGGGUUUUGUUUUGGUUUUCCACAGCAGAGCUAUCCUGUUGAGGAAACAGGAUAUUUCGAAAGAAAUUGCUUUGGAAAAGUGAUUCCAAAAUAUGAUUAAGAUACUAUAAUUUAGAACAUAUCCAUAUUCAAAUUAGCAAUGGAUGUGUCCCCAUGAAGAUACUGGCUAGACCUAGCCUUGGCUAGCUAAGGAAGCCUGAAGAGUGUGGAGCAGAUGAGGUAAGCAGGAGCAGUUCUGGGGCUAUUCCAGUGAAGGAGUCCUCCUUUAGAAAGAGCAGAUGCUCGAGUUAGAGCAGGCACGAGCAUUCCAGCCUAGCCAGGAGAAUUCUGAGAGCCUGCGAUUCUGUAUAAGAGAUCUCACACACUCAGCCUGAAAUACAGAUGAAAAGCAGAUGCAGAAGGUGCAGCUCAUACAUGGAAGACUGAACUAUUGGCUUACUUCAAGUAUAACAAGCAGUUUUUCUACUAUACAAGAAAUACCAGUAACAUAUUUUAUUGUUUUAAUUUCAGGGUGAUGAUCCUAAGGAGACAAUUUGUGUGUAUCUCAGCAGUUUGGUGUUGGAUUUGAUCUGAUGUGAUUUUGUGAGGAUUAAACUGCAUUAUUACAAUAGAGAAAUAUUUUACACUUGGGGAGAAAAGGGAGUGAUUUUUUUCACAUAGUGACUGCUACAUUUACAAAUUUUGAAUGAUCAUUUUUUAAAACAAAACGUAACAAUUAUUUGGAAAAUCCUGAAACUCCUUACUGCUGGUUUAAUGGUAGCAAAGCACAAUCUCAGGAUGGUGGCAAUAUGUGACAUUCAUCAUGUUUUGCUUCUUAGAGGAUCAUUAAAAUAUUUUGACAUAAGAUCUCUGGUUUUGUUGAUAUCACAUAGUAUAGGCAGUAGUCUCUGUAUGGUGGCUGCAUGAGUUGGCAGUGAACAUUUUCAAUUAAGAACUUCAUCCUGUAAAUACUGGCAUUUGUAUACAUGCGAGAAGCGAUGAGAAGAGCUGCAGAAGAGUGAUAAAUUCAGAGACAUGUCAUUCUUAGUUUGUCCCAGGGUGCACAGAUGAGAAAAUCCCUCAGGUCAGAGGUAGUUAAGUGGUUUAUGGGCUUUCAUUCUGUGGGCAGUAAAUAGUGCUGUGGAUUUAAUGGGCCUUCAUUUUGUGAGCAAUAGAUGAUGCUGUGGAUUUAAUAGGAUCACUCUUAUGCGUGAUGUUAAUUCUGAGAACAAGUAUAUGAAGGACCAGAGCUUUAUAAUUAUUUGUAAACCACUCUACUUGCUUGUGUUCUUGUCUAAGGUCCUGUUCAGCUCCUGGGGACUGUGAACCUGGUUCCACACUAAAAUCCCCAGAGUCCUGGUAGGGCAUGGCUUGGUAAACAUCCUUGCUAUUCCAGCUCUGUGUCUUGUCUGAUACAUGAGAUGGAACUUCCAUUAGAAAGAUACCAAGCCUAUAAUUCAAUUUAUUUUCAUGUAGUAUAGCUUGUAUUCAUAUGUGACUACAGAUAAUGAAGCUGCACUGAGCAUUAUUAGAAGAAUGUUCCUCUUACUAUCAACCCCAAGCUCUUCUACACCAGGAUGUAUGAGAAAACUGACUACAUUCCCCUAAUUCAUAACCUGUGUAGUCCUUUACAUUUUCCAUAUGGUCCAAGAAUACAUGUGGAGCAUCAUCCUGCAGCAAGAGAAAAUGCAGUAGAAAGAAUGACUUUAAUAUUUACAGGAGCUUUGACAAGCAGUAUUACCCUAGCUUUUACCGCUUAUAUGUUCUACUGCAGAAAAAAAACCCAAGCAAGCAGACAAAUUUUAAAAAUUUUAAUAACCAGAUUCUGUUGAGUUUCACUCACUCACUCAAAGAUAGUGUCCUUCUUCUUUUACGGUCAGAGUGAAUCAGGUAUUUUGUUUACUAAAAUUCCUUUUGCUACUGCAGCAUUAAAUCCCAAAUCAAGUGAUUUAAAGAGCAUUCAGUAUUCCACUCUUUGAGGAUUAUAUCUGCAAAAAAAACCUUCCCACUUAAAUGAAUUGGUCCUUAUGAAAUAAGGUUCAGAAAAGCCUUUUAGAUGUAUACUCCAUAAGAGCAUUACUGUACUGUAAUAUUUGAAAGCUUACCUUGCAGCAGUUUUAUAAUCACAUAAACACUUGUGGAAGUAUUAGAAUCAAUCAUUAUGGUUAGAGGUCUGUUGACUGAGACACAUUCAGCAUCUGGAUCCAUUUCCAGGAUAAUGAUAUAAGAAUCCAAUAUUACUCCUACCCAAGCAGUAGUGUCCAUAAAUUCUGACUGCAAAUAUCAGCAAUUGUGUCAAUUUUUGAAAAUAAGGGGUUUUAAAAAAUACAUAGUGCUUUGGGGCAAUAACUGAUGCCACUAAUGCACAUGAGGACCUCUGAGUGUCAGUAGAGCCUUUAACAUAAACAAAGAGAGCAGAAUUGAGCUGACGAGUCCAUCUGCAUUACCAGCUGGUAAAAGGAAGAGGGGAGCAUAGGGGUUUGAUUUACUCUGAUCUGUUCCAGUUCCAGCACCACAAUCCACAUUUUUCCUUCCCCAGCAGUGAGAUUUUUGCCAUUUUCUGGCCACAGGCAUCUGCUGCUCGUGUGCAGAGAGCUGACUGCUGCAAGAACCUGCAUCCAUGUUACAAGUGUUAUGGAUGAUUGCCUACUGCAACAUCCUAGUAGUAGAUCAAAGACAAAUUUGCUCCCACAAGAGCAUCUCCUCUGCUCUAAAUUACUCACAUGGAGUGUUUUUAAUAGAAGCUGUGCAAAGUGAUGUAGUUGUCCUUUGGGUGAUGCAAACAGCUGACACUGAGGAGAACCUUGCUGUAUUUCAGACAGAUGCACACCUGUGUUCAUGUAAGGACUGUAACUUAUUCCGGUCUAGUGUAGAGCAGUGAGGUGAUCUUGGCUGUGUAGCAGCUACAUGGUUUGCCUUGGGGAAAGUUUAUACAUCUUUUACGGGUUCUUACAUUGUAUCCAGGACAAUUGCAAGUGCUCUAUGUGCACACAGAGAUCAUGCAAGAUCAUUCGUUGUUUCAACUAAAUUCAGUUAACUACUCAGUGUGAGUAAGAGGGCAAAACUUGGUUGUGUGAAGUAGAAGAUGGGCAGAGGAGAAAAUGAAACUUACUUGCAGCAAGAAAGCAACCUUUUUCAGAAGUGUUUGUUAGUUAGUACCAUGUUGCACUGUCUCAGUGACUAACUGUAAGCAGUGUACCGUGACACACCACAAAGAGCUGAAGUUCCUGUGUGUCAGAACUAUUUCUGUGCAGCUACAUUAUUUGAACCACACGUGUAUUAGUAACUAGAAAGAUCAUCAGAAUACAUUUUAAGAGAGGUUUAGCCAAAAAGAGGAAAUCUAUUCUGGGUUCCUUGGUGAAAAGAGGUCUUAACUGAAGGAAAUAAUGUAGCACUCACAAUUGAGAGCAAAUGGAAAUUUCUAUAGUAUGGACAGCUACUGACUUUCUAGCACUGUUUCCACGAAGUUUAAACUUGCCAAUGACUUGAAGACCUGGUCAUCCAUGCUCUCAAGGCUCUCAGUGAUUUAUGUGGAACACAAGGCUGAUAAGAAAUGCUUGAAGGAAUUGUUGACCUUUCCUACCCUUUCCUACAAAUGCUCUUAACUCUCCAUAGAUUAAAAAUACACUCUGUUAGACUUUAGAUUAAGAUCCUCAGGCCUUGCACCAGAUACGAAGUUCACACUAGAGGAGGGCAGACAUUGUAGUCAGCUUUAUUAUAGCUACUGGUGUUGUGUGCUGGGUGGCUGGGUCGAGUUAAUUUGGGUGCCAGUUGGGCAAGUUAACAGUGGCAUUUCUGCAUCACAGGGUACCAUCAGAUUGAUCAAGACUUGCUAAAGUACACUUGCUGUGGGAAAUUAUGUUUUCUUGGGUAGCUGAAUACAUUAUUUCUAAUGUAUUUUACACCUGUGCUAGGUUAAUAAUAAUAAAUGGAUUUUGUACCUGGCUGGGAAUGUUUAUGACACUCUUGCAAGACAGAGCCAACAUCAGUUUGGAUUAAGGAUUCUUGACCAAAGGCUAGUAAGGACCUUUCAAUUCCCUCUAUUUCACAUCAGGAAUAUUCAUUUUUAGGUUUUGUGGGCCUUCAGUGCUGUCACAUGCUGUGGAAUGAAUACUGAGAUCAAAUAAUUUUCUAAAGAUAGAAACACUGACAGUGUGCUAAUAUUUCCACUGUACCUUUGCAGAAGCUGACAGUGUCCUUGCAUGACUGCAUCAUAGCACCAUUAGAUUGAAGUCUGUGCCUGGCUGGUUUAAUUCCUUUUUCUCCUCUGAAUCUCUAAUGUUGCAUCCUCCUUCAGGAUCCUGUGCUGCCUUGAGUUGGUUGUCUUUACCCUGUGGAGUGCUAUGCAGCCCUGCUUAGUGUCUUUAGGGAGUUUGUGUGACUGUGAAUCAAACACUGCUAUGCUUGCAGCUUAGUAAAACGUGCUGUAAAUGAGUGGGUGUACACCUCAAGGAGGGCAGCUUGGUGUGAUAUUCACAUUCACUAACUGGAGGUGCUAAAGUUGGUCUGUAGCUCCAUGGAAACUUAAGCUGGAAUGGCUGCAAGGUCCAGCCCCCAUUCUUGUCCUGCACCCCUCCUUUCAUGCCGUGUCUGGCCUUGGCCUGUCCCACACCGAGCUGUUUUGGCACACUGAGAUGGGAAACCCUACCAUGGCAACAGAAUGAGAAAAUUGGUUCAUGCCAAGAGACAGGGGAAUCUCAGAGUCAAAGCAAAGGACCAUGCAGAUGGCAUUGUAGGGACACAACGUGUGCCUUUUGUUAUCUGACAGCUGUUGGACGGGCCCAGUGGUAUCCUGAAAGCUUGACCAAGUUCAGAAAGUAACAUCUCUGAGGGUCUGCCUGGUCAGAAGGGAGAGAUGGGCCCCUGCAAGGGUGUUGGCAGCACAGCAGCUGUUCUGGUGGCCGAGCCCAUCUCUCCCUGUGGUGCCAGGAGGUGCUUAAGGGAACUACACUAAGGACUCUAGGUGCCUACACUGCUGAUUAUUGCUCACCCUUCUCUCUUUCCCAUUACAGUCGUUUUAACAAGCUGGUGACCCCAGCAGAUUCAGAAGUGCUUAGAAAAAAUUCUCAGUUCAGUGAUGGUAGACUUGCAUAAACUUGAUUGUUAUUCAGUGUGCCUUUGCUUUCAGCCUCUUCUAAUCCCAGCAUCUAAAACAGCAUCUGCAGAGAACAGAGGUGAAUGAGGCCUGAGGGGGUUGAGACCAGUUACUCUCACUUUGAUUCUCUUUCCUUUGUACAGUCAUGAGUUGACUGACAUACCACCAAGCUUGACAAAAGAUGAAAUUCUCUGUCUUGAGUAACUCAGGAAGAGAAACUAAACUAUCUAGGUGACCUCUGACCUUAUGUGGCUCUCUAAAUUACUAGCAAAAUAUUCCUGUUGUUAGGCAUUAGUUGAUUUUAUUCAGUGCAAAUAUCUGUAUUUGUUAAUUCCAUGAACAAAUUGACCCAGUUAAUUCAUCUGGGUUCAUUGAUCAUGUACACCUUGAGCCUGCACAGACUCAUUGGUGGAGCUGCAGCCUAACACAGCAGUCUAGGUUUAGAUCCAUUUGACCUAGAGAUUUUUUUUUUUUGUCCUGUCACUUGCUCUCCUGUGACAAAUUUGUGGAGGGAGUUCCUGAGUAUCCAUGCAGAAGCUCCUCCAGGGUCACUCAGGUCCACAAAGGACACAUCCACCUGUAUGCAGGAAUCUGUGAGAGCAAUCCCAAGGAAUAUUCUGUGGAGUGCUCUAUUCUGAAACAGAUCUGUCUCAAACAGCUGAUAGCCACUUGCUGCAUGCUUUGAAGCAGUAGAUGUCUUACACAUGAGCCUUUUACUUAAUUGUAUCUUAGUUUAAAAUAUUCAAAGCCUGGUAGUCCUUCAUUUUGUGGUACUUCAGCAGCAAAUCUCUUUAAUCUCUAGGUCUGCUAGCCAACAACAGCAACAAGGGGGCAUGUAGUUACUUUAGAUGGCCCAACUGUCUUCAUUUUAAAUUCUGUCAUUCUAGGCAGGAUCAUCCUUCUCUGAGUUUCUGGACAGAAAAAUUUCAAAUGCUGCUAAUCUCUCAGGGUACUCUGGGAAAGUCCUUAAGGCUUUUCACCCACAGCAUACAACAAGUGGGCAGAUUUAUAUUUAUUAAUCUUUGUUCCAGAUUUUCAUAAAGUUGGCUCGAAAUUAUCAUUAUGAUCAAGUAGAGCAGAAACACUGUGCAGCAUGCCACUAAACAAAGGGACUAUUGCUGUUAUUUCAUGGUCUCCUUUCAUAAGGGCACAUUUCAGAAUACCUUCCUAUUCUGGGAGCGCGGCUCACCAGGGGAGUGACCCGGGGUUACUGGGUUACAGCUACAGGGUAGCAGCCCGUCAGUGUGCUCUCAGUGUCCAGCAGAUUCCAGCAGUGCAGCAGGAGCUUAACACGAGGGCUUGAGUUUGCCCUCGACCCAGCAGUCAGUGUAGUACUGUGACGUGUGGUGAUUGAGCUGACAUCACUCUGAGCACAGGCAAUACCUGCCCUUGGGUGGCAGGUGUUGGCAGAUACCGGUUUGAGGAUGAAAACAGUCUGGCUGUGAAGUACAAGGAGUGACAUCCUCAUGUUGCCAUCAAAAGAACAUUCAAGUCUGUCUUUUGCUAAAUCCUGAUGUACCUUCAGCAAUACAUCAGUGUUUGUUGCUGCACCUGGUACUUCUGUGUCUUGUCUUUGUUUCAUCCCUCUUUUCUCCGGAGAGGGAGAAAACUCGAAAUGCAUGAUGGAAGUAUUUAAUGAUCCCAUCACGGUUUCAAGAACACAUCAGAAUGAAUCAUGCAAAUGAUUGUGACAGGAUAGCCUAUUGUCAAUAUCGCUGGGUUUAAAUUCCUCUCUAUUCACUUUAGUCCCUGAUAAGAGGAGAUUCUUCACAGCAGAUUUGUAGGCCAACAACAUGCUAGGCUUCUCAGCUCUUGGCUUGGCUGUGAGAUGUUUCCCUGAAAAUAGUUCCUCCUUGGUGUAUUUAUUGUCAGUCUUUAUAAUACAAGCCCAUUCUUGAAUUCUUGUGACAUUGAAGUAUAACAGCUGACAUUUCUGCAUUUUUAUAUGUACUAUUUAUUUAGUGACUUCCUAUGUAUUCUUUAUGUUAAUAUUCUUCAUAUUCUUUUGAGUACCUAAUUAAAAUUAUUUUAAAUAUUCUUUGUUUUUAAAGCCACCAGAGUAAAGUGUGUGGGAAGUUUCAUAAUGUCGCCUUAAAAACCAGUCAUACAAGCCAAAAUAAUUUUAAGGGUAUUUGACUGAUUUCUGGAGCAGUAUUUUCAUUAGUCAUUUGGACACGUUCAUCUUAGAUUUAUCUUUCUAAGAUAGGCCUAAGAGGCAACCUCUGCUUCUGAUUUAGUUCAAGAUCUGCAAGGGACAAAACAGGUGAAUGGAGAGGUCCUACACAGGGCUGCUCCUCAGGGAUGGCAAAUAUUUGGCUUUUCUUUUCAGAGUCCGGUCCAUGUGUCAAAAUGUAAUUUCAUAAAGUUACCAUGAUAGCUUUUGCCCAGAGGUUUCAUUGUCUCUUUAAAUGUGUAUUGUUUGCAUUCAUUUCAGCUCCAUUCUUUCCAAUGCAAUUGUCAAAGGAGAGCUUAUUCCCCUGUGGAGCUGGUAUAAUUGUGCUCCUCCACAUGCACCAAGCUCUCUGAAGCUGCUAGUGUAGGCUCUGCUGCUGCUGUUCCAAAAAGGUUCCUCAAAUUCUCUCAGUGCUGAACUUAUUUAUGUUUUCAGAUGUGAACUUGAUAUUGUCAGAGUAGAAUGUGUGCAGCGUAAUAUAGAAAUGUCUCAGUGCAGGGUUUAGGAGGAGGCAGAAGCCCCUCAGCUGUGUGUGUGCUUUUAUUACAGAAAACCAAGAUGAAGUUGUAUUGUUGAAUCAUCUGUUACAGCUGAUUUAAUUUGUACUUUGUUUUCAUGUUUUAAGUGCCUGAUGAUUUUUUUGUCAAGGAGGCAAUGGUUUCACUGUUAUAAGGCAUACUUAGAAUUCUGUACUUGUUACCUGUUCUGUAAUAGAAUAUUUUUGCAAUUUAUGUUUGGAAAUAAAGACUUAUUAGGCAUAA